AUGGCGUCACCACAGGGAGGGUAUCCUCCCCAGGAGGGCUACGGGCAGGCGCCAGCUCAACCUCCGGCGCCUGGCCCGGCUGGAGGAAAAAAGAAGCGUGCUUAUGCUGGAGAGGCCUUUGAUCUUGGAUCGGGAGCCAAUGCUGCCCUUGGAGGACAGCAAAAAGCUGGUGGCGACUACGGAGCGUAUGCUGCACAGGCCGCAUCAGUGGGCUAUCCGCAACCUGGAUAUGGAGCUGAACCUGCUGCUGGUUAUGCAGCACCACAGCCUCCUGCUGUUGGGGGAUAUCAACCACCUGUAGCCGGAUACCCUGGUCCUGCAACUGCUGGUGUUGCUCAAAUCACCCAGCAAUUUGGUCAAAUGGGCGUGGCUGACCCCCAAGCCCAACCUGUACCUCCCCAGCAAGUUCCACGAGCCGUGCCAUUGAAUCAGCUAUAUCCGACCGAUUUACUCACGCAACCUUUCAAUGUUGCGGAGCUCGAUUAUCCUCCUCCACCCAUCAUCCUCCCACCCAAUACAAGUAUUUAUCCUUCUCCUUACGCGAAUUGCCCGCCCAAGUACGUGCGUUCCACUUUGAAUGCCGUCCCGACGAACCAUUCGCUCCUCAAGAAAUCGAAGCUUCCCUUUGCGCUCGUCAUCCAACCAUAUGCGGCUCUUCAUGAUGCCGAAGAUCCCAUCCCCGUCAUUCCAGACCAAGUCAUUUCUCGAUGCAGACGAUGCCGAUCAUACAUCAACCCCUUCGUGACAUUUUUGGACCAGGGCCAUCGCUGGCGUUGUAACAUGUGCAACUUGACCAACGACGUCCCUCAGUCAUUCGAUUGGGACACAGCUUUGCAAAAACCGGCAGACCGUUCUCAACGCCCAGAAUUAAAUCACGCCGUUGUUGAGUUCGUUGCUCCUCAGGAAUACAUGGUGCGACCACCGCAACCCUUGGUAUAUUUGUUCUUGAUUGAUGUCAGCUAUGCAUCGGUUACGAAUGGUCUCCUUGCAACAGCUGCUCGAUGCAUUAAAGAGAGCUUGGAUCGCAUUCCUAACGCCGACCGAAGGACACGACUUGGUUUCUUGGCUGUUGACUCUAGUCUUCACUACUUUACGAUUCCUCGCGAUGGAUCGGAGAACUCUGCUCCUAAGAUGCUUGUCGUUAGUGACCUUGACGAGCCUUUCCUGCCCAUUCCGGGUGAUUUGCUCGUGACCUUGUCUGAAUGCCGCGAGAACAUUGAGAGUUUCUUGGAUAAGCUCCAAGAGAUGUUCCAGAACACUCAGAACGGUGGAUGUGCUUUGGGAUCUGGUCUUCGGGCAGCUUACAAGCUGAUUUCGCACGUCGGCGGAAAGAUCACCGUUCUUUCGUCGUCGCUUCCUAACAUCGGUCAUGGUGCGCUUACGGUGCGAGAGGAUAAGAAGAUUCUGGGUACAAGCAAAGAAAGCAGCCUUUUGCAGACUGGAAACAGCUUCUAUAAGAGCUUUGCUGUAGAGUGCUCGAAAGCUCAGGUGUCGAUUGAUAUGUUCUUGUUUUCCUCUCAAUAUCAGGAUGUUGCCUCCCUUAGCAACCUUCCUCGAUACACGGGAGGUCAGACCUACUUCUACCCAGGAUGGAAUGCAGCCCGCACAGAAGAUGCUAUCAAAUUUGCUCGGGAAUUCUCUGAUUAUCUUUCUUCUGAGAUUGGUUUAGAAGCUGUCUUGCGUGUACGUGCUACCACUGGUCUUCGCAUGAGCACGUUCUACGGCAACUUUUUCAACCGCAGCUCGGAUCUCUGUGCAUUCCCAGCAUUUCCUCGUGACCAAGCCUACGUUGUUGAGGUUGCUAUCGACGAGACGGUUACAAAGCCUGUUGUCUGCAUGCAAACUGCUGUGCUUCACACCACUUGCAAUGGUGAAAGAAGGAUCCGAGUCUUGACAUUGGCGUUGCCGACCACCCAGACAUUGGCCGAUUUGUAUGCCUCGGCUGACCAGCAGGCCAUCACUACCUACUUCAGCCAUAAAGCUGUCGAGCGGGUGCUUUCGAACGGGUUGGAACCUGCCCGUGAGGCUAUCCAAUCAAAGAUGACGGAGCUCUUGUCGACAUACCGUAAGGAGCUUGCGGGCGGCAGUGUUGGCGGCGGUGGUUUACAGUUCCCUGCUAAUAUGCGAGCAUUGCCUAUCUUGUUCCUUGCGUUGAUCAAGAACCUUGGUCUUCGCAAGUCGGCGCAGAUCCCUACAGAUAUGCGAUCAGCUGCUCUGUGCUUACUCUCCACCUUGCCUCUACCGCUCAUGAUUCAAUAUAUCUACCCGAAAAUGUAUUCUUUGCAUGACAUGCCAGACGACGCUGGUCUACCUAACGAACAGAGCGGAGAGAUUGUUCUCCCGCCUCCGGUCAAUCUGUCCUCGGAGCGCCUGGUGCCAUAUGGUCUCUACUUGAUUGACGACGGCCAGACUCAGUUCAUCUGGGUUGGAAGGGACACCGUGCCUCAGUUACUGUUGGACGUCUUUGGAGUCGCAGACAGGAACCAAUUACGAGUUGGCAAGCAGUUCCUCCCGGAACUGGAUAACGACUUCAAUGAGCGAGUGCGUGCUGUUGUACAGAAGAGCAAGGACUUCAAGGCCAAGGGAGCUGGAAGCAUCAUCUCUCCUCAGCUGUACGUAGUCAAGGAGGACGGUGAGCCAGGCUUGCGACUUUGGGCACAGACUAUGUUGGUGGAGGAUCGGGCAGACCAGAGCGUCAGUCUGCAACAAUGGAUGGGAUCAUUGCGAGACAAGGUUGUGCAGUGA